AUGAUGGUGGUGUUAGGAUUACAGUCUCUCAACUGGUACGGAUAUGGAGUAAUCACAGAGAAGAAGAAGAAGAGACAUCUGAUGCAUAUUCUCGGAGCCACUGAAAGAGACAAUUCUUCUUCGUUCGAAAUCGAUAGAGACAAAGCUAGAGAAGCUCUGAAACAGCUUGAUCAACAAAUCGAAUCUCAAGCCGAUAUAAAACCAAGACUACUCGUCAAGGCACCAUCAUCAGAUGUUCUCAGAGACUCAUCAAAUGACCCAAUCAUGUUUGAAGAACCUCCUGAGAUCUCCGGAUCGUUCCUCGCAACUUCAGCUUUCCUUCUCUUAGCUUUCACUCUGUUCUACAAUAUUUUGUUCAUCACAGCGAUAAGACCAUCGAUAGAUGCACCAGAAUCAGUUCCAGCAGAAACCAUAGCUCCAAUGUCUGAUUCUGACAUUGUCCAGUUUCCACUUUCGUCUGAAAAAACCUUCAGACAGUAA